AUGAAUAAUGCUAAAAUUGACUAAGAAGAGCCUCUUCUUGAAGAUAAAUCUUCUAGACCUCCUGGCUUAUUGUCAAGAACUUUAUUUCUUUAUGUUUUUCCAUUACUUCGACUUGCUAACAAAACCCCUUUAGAAUUCAAUAUGGUAAAGGACCUAUAAUUAGAUGAUUAAAGUGAAUCAUUGUUUAACAGAAUGAACUAAACAUUUUAGAUUUACAAAAAUAACACAUAUCCCCUCUAUAAAUCCCUCUUUAUUACAUUUAAAAAACAAUUUUUUAUUGUGUAUAUCAUCAUCUUAAUUUGGAAUAUUUCUUUAAUGUAUGGUCCAAUAAUGAUUCGAUAAACUCUCUCUUAUAUAGAUAAUUCUGAACAUACUUUGGGGAAAAGCUUCUAAUGGCUGGGGAUUAUACUGGUAGUUAGAGUUUUUAAUGCGAUAUCCUAUUAAAAUAGCUUCUAUAUGUUGAGAAAACUGGGAUAUGACCAACAUUCAGCAGUUAGUGUAUCUGUGAUGAAAAAAACACUGAAUGUAUCAUUUCAGAGUAAUAAAUAAUACAAAACAGGGGAAAUAAUGAAUAUAAUGUAAGUUGAUUUAUAAAGAAUUUUACAAUUUAAUAUAGCAGUGGCUUCAGUGAUAUUUCUACCAUUUUAGAUUGGAAUUUCUUUUUAUUUACUAUUUGAUUUUAUUGGGAUUUCAUGUCUUGCAGGUUUUGGCGUAAUGAUCUUAGGAUUACUAACCAAUUUCUUACUUGGAAGGUGGGGUUGGAGAUUAUAGAAAUAAGUGAUGGUUGCAAAAGAUAAUAGAACGAAAUAAGCUCAUGAAAUAUUUUCUUAGAUUAAAUUUAUUAAGGCAAAUGCAUUUGAAGAUUAUUUUAAAAAUAAGUUACUAAGAUUCAGAGAGAAGGAGAUUCAAUUAAUCAAAAUGAAAAAUAUAGUGAGUGGAUUAUUUACAUUAGCUUUUUUAAUGACACCAUAACUUACAUUGAAUGUUACUUUGGCAGUUUAUAUAUGGCUUUAAUAUAAUCUCACACCUGCUGACACAUUUACAAUAAUAAGUUUAUUCAAUAUCCUACAAUAAUCAGCCAGUGCUUUACCGAGCUACAUUAAUUAAAUCAUAGAAGCUAAUAUAAGUAUAAAAAGAAUAGAGAAGUUUUUAUUUACUGAUGAACUUAUGGAUGACUGUAUUUAAAAUGAAAACCAUGGCAAUUCAAUUGAGAUUGAAGGAACUUUCUAUUGGGACAAAGUUAAAAAUAAUUACAAUCCAAGUAAAUCUACAGAUGUUAUGCCAGUGAAUCAAGAGAUAGAUCCCAUUCUAAAAAAUAUCAAAUUAAAAAUCGAAAUUGGUGAAUUUGUUACAAUAAUCGGAGAUGUUGCAAGUGGCAAAAGUUCGUUAAUAAGUGCAAUUUUAGGAGAAAUGGUUUACAACAUUUCUAGAUAGCCACCAAAGAUAAAAAUAAAUGGAAAUAUAGCUUAUGUAAGUUAAAAAAGUUGGAUAUAAAAUGCAACUUUGAAGGAUAAUAUUUUAUUUGGUCUACCGUAUGAUGAAAAGAGAUACAGAGAUGCUCUUAAAUAUUCUUGUCUGGAAUAAGAUAUUAAAAUUCUAGACAAAGGGGAAGCUACUAUGAUUGGAGAAAAAGGUGUUAAUUUGAGUGGAGGGUAAAAGGCAAGGAUUACUUUAGCCAGGGCUUUGUAUAGUGAUUGUGAUAUCUAUUUAUUGGAUGAUCUUAUAAGUGCAGUUGAUAUGCACGUAGGUAAAUUUAUUAUUGAAAAAUGUCUUCGUGAAUAUUUGAAUGGUAAAACUAUAGUAUUAAUAACUCAUGCACUAUAUUCUUGUUAAUUUGCUGAUAGGAUCAUUUUAAUGGACAAUGGCUCAAUAAUUAAGGAAGGCACUCUUGAGGAUAUUAAAGAGUGCGAUAAAUUUGAUUAAAUUUAUUAGAAAUAUUUCAAAGAAUAAAAAAAUGAAGAGAAAGACCAAUAAGAUGAAGAAUUAGAAAUACUGAAUUUAAAAAAAAAAAAGUCAUCUAUCCAAUAGAAUAAUGCUGUCAAUAAGGAUAUGGUUGAUGAUUUAAUGAUAUUAGAAGAUAGAAAAGUUGGUAGUGUUUAGUUAGAUGUAUACAAAGAAUACUUUUAAAUGAAUGGAGGAUUUUUCUUCUUUGCAUUUAAUUUAAUUGUUGUCAUUACUUAAGUUAUAGCCAGAUUUGGAUCCCAAAUAUGGUUGGCACAUUGGUCUGGAUAAGAUGACUUAUCUUAUGAUGAAAACUUACAUAAUCUAAUGAUCUUCUCUUUUUUUUCACUUAGUUUCGGCUUUUUUGCUUUUAUUCGUAUUCUAACUCUCUCUAGGGAAAGUGUGAAUACUGCAAAUAAAGUACAUACUAGAAUGAUAGAAUAAUUACUUUACGCACCUCUAUGCUAAUUUUUUGAAAGGGUUCCAUUAGGUGUGUUGAUGAAUCGUUUGACUAAAGAUUAAUCAGUUCUAGAUACAGAAAUUCUAUGGACCAUAUCUAUUCUAUAUAUCAGUUGCUCAAAUUUCGUAGCAAGUACACUAAUAAAUGUGUUUAGCAGUUCCUAUUAUAUUAUUUUGCCAGUGUUGAUAUUCUUAUAUGCGGUUUGGAAGGUGUAAAGAUUUUAUAUGGCUGCAAAUAGAGAGUUGUAUAGGUUGGAAUCUAUAAGUAAAAGUCCAAUUUUGAGUUUCUUCUCUGAAACAGUGAAUGGAUUGAAUAUCAUAAGAGCAUUUCGGAAACAAGAUUAAUUUUUAGAGAGGCACACUAAAAAUAUUGAUUUGAAUAGGAAAAUACAAGUAGCUUAAUUAUAAACAACAACAUGGUUUUCCAUGAAUUUAACAUUCACAAGUUUCAUAGUAAAUAUAUCUGCAAUUGGUUUUGUAUUAUUUUUUGGAAGUGAGAAUCCUGCAUUAGCUGGUUUACUUAUGACAGUAGCUACUGUAAUUGACAAUAGCUUAUAAUCAGCAAUUAAUUCGAUCACUUAAGCAGAAACAUAAUUUAUAUCAUUUGAAAGAUGUUUGGCAUUUGCUAAGAUUGAACAUGAGAAUGGUUAUAAAUUAAAGAAGGAUUAUGUCCUAAAUUGGCCUCAAGUAGGAGAUAUUCAGAUAGAUUCAUUAGUAGUAAAAUAUAGAGAAAACCUAUCCCCUGCUUUAAGAGGUCUUAAUGUUGUGAUUAAGAGUUAAGAGAAGGUUGGAGUGGUCGGCAGAACUGGAGCUGGAAAAUCGACUGUUACUCUAUCAUUGUUAAGGAUUCUUGAGGCUUCAAGUGGUUCUAUUAAAAUAGAUGGAGUGGAUAUAUCUACUUUAAAUUUGAAAUAACUCAGAGAAUCAAUAACGAUGAUACUAUAGGACUCAACUCUAUUUGAAGGAACUUUAAGAGAGAAUCUUGACCCAUUGCAUCAGCAUACAGAUUAAGAUCUAAAUGAUGUAGCCUUGCAAUGUUGUUUGGGAGAUUUAUUAUUAUAAAAGAAAGGCUUGGACACAGAAAUAUCAGAAAACGGGGAUAACUUGAGUGCUGGAGAGAAACAACUGAUAUCAAUAGCAAGGGCAGUUUUAAAAUAGUCUUAGAUAAUUUUGAUUGAUGAGGCAACGGCUAACAUUGAUAUUGAUACAGAAUCAAAAAUCUAACAGACAAUUUAAACUGCCUUUAAAAAAUGCUCAGUAAUAACGAUCGCUCAUAGAAUCAAUACUAUUAUGCAUUGUGAUAAAAUCUUAGUUAUCGAUUAAGGGGAGGCCAAAGAGUUUGAUGAACCGUAAAAAUUAUUAGAAGACAAAUCUUCCAUUUUUUAUGGUUUGUAUAUGCAAGGUAAAAAAAGUAAUAAGAUCUGA